AUGUCAAUUGCUUCUCCAACAACGACAAUGAAUAAUAAUUCAUCACCAUCAAAUCCUCUCACAUCGCUUCUGCAUUCGAUAACGAAGAAACGAUCGGUAUCACCUGUCGUACGGCAAUUUCUCAAGUUAUGUGUUAAUCGAAAUGACAAAACACCGCCAGGAUCAAAUGUUAAUGAUCAUACAGAAAAAGCAAUACGAAAUUUAAUUAAAAAAUUAACUAAAUUAAAAAAGAAUAAUGCAAUUGAAGAAUUAGAAAAAGCAAUUUCACACAAAGAUUCAAGAACAAAAUGUGUUACUAUACCAAGAUCUACUGAUACUUUAACAAGUCAAUCAUCGAAAUCAAAUCCUGUCGUACUCUAUAGUCGUCUAUGGCGUUGGCCUGAUCUAUCUAAUCAAAAUGAAUUAAAACCAGUUGAUUACUGUUCUCAUCCAUUUCACUACUCUCGAGAUGAUAUUUGCAUCAAUCCAUUCCAUUAUGAACGCGUUCCAGCGAAAUAUUCUGUAUAUGUUCCACAUUUGCCUCCAGAAGCGUUUCGUGAUAUGCCAGACUUGCGUUCAGCAUCCAUGAACAAUGACAUGAUGCCAAAUCAGAUACCGGAAAACACUACAUACCAAGCUAUGGUUGAACAACAGCAAUCACCACCUUCGUAUCAACUAUCGCCUGGCAGUAUCAGUUCACAAGAUUCUCUUCUUUCACCACUUGGUGCUAAUACAAACGGUGAUAGUAAUCAAAACUCGCACGAUAAUGCAAUGGAUUUCGAAGUUGCCGCGCCUGUAUCUGUAGAAACAAAUCCUCUCUAUUCCUCUCAACCACAUGAGCAACAACAACCUGUGUCGACCAUUCCAUCUGAAUAUGCUGUCGGUAAUGGCGAACAAGUAUCUUUCGAAGAACCACAUGAAUGGUGCCUUAUCUCUUACUAUGAAAUGUCCACACGUGUUGGAGAACAAUUUCAUGCUACUCAACCACAAGUGAUCAUCGAUGGGUUUACCGAUCCAUCCAAUGCAGAACGAUUCUGUUUGGGUGGUUUGACGAAUGUUCAUCGAACAUUUGAAAUUGAUAAAGCACGUCGACACAUUGGCCGUGGUGUAAAAUUGUUUCAUAUACGUGGCAACGUCUUUGCGGAAUGUAUAUCUGAUAAUCCUGUUUUUGUUCAAAGUCCAAUAACUAAUCAAAGAUUAUCAUGGCAUCCAGCUACUGUUUGCAAAAUUCCAUCGAAAGUACGAUUGAAAAUCUUCGAUAGUGAUGAUUUUACACAAAUACUCAGUACAGCUGUUCAUGAAGGUUAUGAAGCUGUCUAUAAUCUCAUGAGAAUGUGUAUCAUUCGUAUGAGUUUUGUAAAAGGAUGGGGUGUUGAAUAUCGACGUCAAGCGGUAACUUGCACACCAUGUUGGGUUGAAAUUCAUUUAGAAGGUCCAUUAAAAUGGCUUGAUACUGUUCUUUCCACAAUGCGUGGUCCAACCCAAUCGAUAACGAGUGUUUCAUAA